CAAUUAUUGCCCUGAACGAUGAUCAAGACUCGAGCAUCUCAUAAGACUUCCACCAUGACAACCACCAAACUCCCCCUCCCCGGCAAGCUCACCGUCGCCCAGCUCCAAUCCCUCUGCUCCUCCACCGGCCUCCCCCAGGCCGGUUCCAAACCCACCAUCCAACAAACCCUCCGCCAAGCAGCCCAAUCCGCCCAACACAUCCCCGACACCGCUCGCAUACUGAGCAUCGACCUCGGCCUCAAAAACUUCGCCUUCAGCCUCCUCACACCCGCCUCAAGCCCUUCAGAGAAGACACCCUUACCAACACCCCCCGAUUCAUCAUCAGUUCCCCAGGCAUUACUCCCACCCGUCACCCUCCACCACUGGAACCACCUCAACCUAACCACCCCCCUCCUCCCACAAGAUGACCCAGUCCAAUUCACCCCCUCCUCCUUAUCCUCACUAACCUACUCCCUCAUCUCAACCCACCUCCUCCCCUUGAACCCAACCCACAUCCUCAUCGAGCGCCAGCGCUUCCGUACCGGCAACGCCUCAAACAUAUUCGAAUGGACGAUCAGGGUGAACACGCUGGAAUCAAUGCUCCACGCCUGUUUUGCAACCCUCAAAGGGGUCGACUUAUUCCAUGGCAAUGUCAUUUCCAUCUCACCAAAGACAGUAGCCGGUUACCUCUUUCCCAAAAGUGAGGCCAAGGCCGAGGGAGGGGGGAAGAGCCAAAAUGCGUACCAUUUGUUGAAGGCGAAUAAAGUCGGUAUGUUGGGGGAGUGGUUACAGCAGGGGAAACUGAUAAAGCCACAGGACCAGGGGGCGGGGAUGGCAGAGGGUUUUUUGGAGGCGUGGAGGGCGAAGGGGGUGAGGGGGAAGAAGAAGAGGGAGAUGGAGGAGGGGGUGCUGGGAAGGGGGGUGAAGUUAGAUGAUUUGAGUGAUUCGGUGUUGCAGGGGAUGGUUUGGUUGCAGUGGCAGAGGAACUUGGAGGGGUUGAGGGGGGUGGAUUUUGGGGAGGAGGAGAAGGGGGUUGCGAAGGCGAUUAGCAAGGUGAAGAAAGGGACCGGGAGGAUCAAGCAUGUUGAUGUGCAUGAUGAGGGGUAUGGAGGGGUUGAGGUGGAUGCUGUGUUGGAGGGAGGUGGUGGGAAGAAGAAAUCGGGGAGGAGGAAAAACACCGUCGUGGCUCAGGAAGUUAUUGAUGAAGUGGUGUUGUUGGAGACUCCAAAGAAGAGUCGUGGGCGGUCCAAGAAGGUGGAGGGGAUCGAGGAGGUGGAAGAUACUGAGACAGCCGGAACAGAACCGGUCAAAAAGCGGCCUGGUCGACGGAAAAAGGCGUCAGUCGAAGAAGAGAAUGUUGAAGAGGUUGUGCUGGAGGCAGAUGCUAAGAAAAAAAGCCGUGGUAGGCCAAGGAAAGCAGCUGUUGUUGGGAGUGACAAAGUUGAGGUGGCAGCGGCUGAGAUGAAAACUUCCAGAAGAAGGUCAGCUCGAAUUGAAUCGAACGAGGAUGAUAUCGUCUUGAUAUAA